AUGUCUACGAGACUAGACUGGCAAAGUGCUGAUCCCCCGUGGUUGUUAACUGGCGCAACUGUCAGUACCCAUGACAUCGUGCCGACGCAGAGUGCUCGCUAUAUCAAGAUCGAUCCUAUUGAACCUGCACCCACAUUGGCAAACAACGGCUCUGAGUUCGCUCUUCGAGUGGAGUUCUACGGAUGUACACCAGUUGUUCCCGCCAUUGAUAUCAUAUUCGCCAUCAGUGCGACAUCAGCCUCAGCAGAUCAAAUCUUCACCACAAUGAAAAACACAUGCAAAGAAAUCGUUACCUUAUAUGGAAUACGUACAAUACGACACGCGACCAUCGUGUUCGGAAACAGCGUCGUGACAGUCUUCAACUUGACGAGAAACUUCACGACAAAAGCUGAAGUACACACGGCUAUUGAUGGUGCAGUCAGAGAGAAUGGGACCCCUGAUUUAGUAAAAGCCCUGCAGCAGUCAAAGACUGUAUUUGAGAACUCUCCUCGUGAAGGAGCGAGGCGAAUCCUAAUCGUGAUGAUGGAUAGGUCAUCUAGUGCAAGCGAAGUAAAAUGCAAGGCCGAGGCAGUGCUAUUGAGACGUGCUGGGGCGAUGGUUGUCGGUGUAGGAGUCGGACGAAUGAUGCCUGUUCCAGACUUGGGCUGGAUCACUCUUAACAGCUAUUACGUAAUGUUGAGGCCGCCUACGGCUAACGUCAAGCACAUGUGUAUUGGAAUCAUGACAAGAGCUCUAAAAGAAUUCGACGUGACUUUUGCUAUCGGAGCCACUGUGUUUGAAUCGUUUGAGGCGAUGCGUAUGUCUAUAGGAGCCAUUGUCGAUAAAUAUGGAGUGGAUACCGUACAUUACAGCAUCGUGGUGUAUGGCCCGGGAGUCAACAACUCAGUCAUCAGGUAUUCAUACACCGAGUUCUUACAGUACAAUGCAACCACCUUCAAGAAAUUGGUUGAUAACACCUCCGAGUUGGGCGGAUCUGGCGAUCUGCCUGUUGACGACGCAUUGCGCAAGUGUAAGAUAACUUUUGACGACGCUAAAGUUCGGUCGGGCGCUGAAAAGGACGUUGUUAUUAUGAUGGAUAAAGACACUAACAUCGAUGCCAUGACUAUUCGAAACAUUGCUGAUUCGAUGGUGACAUCAGGACUGCGUAUAAUUCCUGUUGGGAUUGGUCCAGGAGUGACGAGGAGACAACUACUGACGAUCGCUACCAACUGGUAUGACGUCAUCUAUGAGGCUGUUCCGAGAAACGCCACCCCAGAAAAACUCCAGGAAAGAACUAUGGACAAAGUGUAUCGAUUGUACGUACAAGAAAUCGACCUUUGCUUUAUGCUCAACGCCGCAUCAAUUCAGGCGGAUACGCUCUAUACGUACAUGUACAACACGAUGCGCUCCAUCAUCCACCAGUAUUCCUUCGGAAGGCUUCGCUACUCCUUUAUCCUCUACGGGUACGUCCCUGCUACUUACUACAGCUUUGACACAAUUUUUCCCAACAAAGAGAUACUCCUUCGAGCAGUCUCGAUGAUAAAGAAGGCCACUGGUGGGUCAGGCAUGGACCAAGCAUUUGAGCAUGCGCGGACGAUCUACGCUAAUGCAAGUCUGGCUCGCUCAGAGUCGUGGAAGAUAUUGGUGACCAUGAUGGACAAGAGAUCAGGGUUGAGUGAGGCUAAGCUGAAGAGCUUAUCGGCCCCUCUACAGGAUCUGGGAGUGCUAAUUAUUCCUGUUGCUCUCGGGAGAUAUAUCGACGCAUUGGAGUGUUAUUAUAUCUCCGCUUUUAGAGACAACGUCAUGCUUCCAGUGAUUAAUCAGAGCUUCGUAGCCACUGGAGAGAUGAUUAUGAAUCGUGUGGUGCACUUUCCACAGAUUGACAUCGUUUUCGUACUCAGUGCAAGCUCCAUGAGAUCCUCAACAACCUUUUCCCUCAUGCAGAACUGCAUCCUGAAGAUCGGAAGCAAAUUUGGUGUCUACACCUUCCAUUAUUCAGUCAUUCUCUAUGGCUCUAGUAGUGUCAAGACAUUUGACUUCAAUACCGCUUUCCCUUAUCGCGAAGCGCUUAUCGAAGAAUCCAAUAACCUUGUUAAAGAGAAUGGUUCAUCGGCCAUCACGGAGGCUCUCUCCUUUGCCAGAACAGUUUUGAACGAUGCAAGUGCUCGGCCGAACGUCAGACGGGGAGUUACCGUGAUCUUCGACAAAGCCACGGGUAAGACGGUUCAGCAGCUCCAGUCUGCGGCAAGACCCUUGCACGAUGAGGGUGUCAUAGUGGUCGCGUCCGGCGUGGGCCCCGAAGUCACUAAAGAAGAGGCUCGUGCGAUGACAUCCAGAAGAAACGACGCGACUCAUGUGAAUGACACUUAUCAGCCUGGACCUCUUGGGGACCACAUUGUACGACGUAUAUUAAAAGAUGGCACCGAGGAAAUGGACAUAGUGUUUGCUAUGACACUCUCAUCAACAAGUCCUCACACUAUGCUCAUGAAGACCAUCAUACAGAUGCUUAUCCGUCGGUACGGAAUUUACAGAAUCCACUAUGGUGCCAUCGUGUUUGGUCAAACAGCUUCAACCGCAUUCGACUUCGACAGCGCCUACUCGGAUGACAAGUCAUUCCUUGACGCUGUGAAUGGUCUCGCUAAAGUCGAUGACAGCGCAGCAAACGUCACACUAGCCAUGGAAGAAGCAUAUAAGAUUUUCACAACCUCGACUACCCGAAAGGAGUCUAGAAAAGUCCUGGUGAUAAUGAUUGACAGGUUGACCGUGGAUGACCAGGAAAAACUAAAAUUAGCCAGGAAGCGUCUCGGAGAUUUGGGUGUCACUAUCAUUACUGUUGCGCUGGGAAGCACGGUUGACUCCAGUAAGAUAUAUGACUAUUGUCCGUACAGAGGAAAUACUAUCUACUCUAAAGAUGGUGGUAUUUCAUGGGACUUGGCCGAGAAGAUCAUUGAAAAGAUCACAAGAAUUCCUGAGCUUGAUUUGACGUUCACGCUUUCUGCAGACAGCGCGACUCCGGAACAGAUCUAUGUUCUUAUGAAGGAAAUCAUAAAAUCGUUUACUACUAAAUUUGGAACAUCUAAAUUUCGAGUCGGUGUCGUCAACGCCGGAUCAUCUCCGACCAGGGUAUUUGACUUUUCAGACUCACUCCCUGACAAGGAAUCCUUUAAAAAUGAAAUCGAAAAGAUUUCCAGGAUUCCAGGUUCUCCAGACAUUCCAAAAGCAUUAGAAGAAGUUUACAAAGUUUUCAAUGAGUCUUCUUCAAGACCAACAGCAAAGAAGUACAAUGUCAUUAUUGUAGAUCGCCCAUUGAAUGUCGCCGAACCUGAUAUACGGACUGCGCUGAAGCCUUUUGAUGAAAAGAAUAUCAUAACAAUUGCUGUUGGUAUUCAAAAAGCAAAUAAGACGGAACUUGUAGCGUACACCGAGUCGAAGCGCGCAGUCAUUCAGGCAAACGCAACAGACAGCCCAAUGGACACUAUGGACGAAGUCAUGAAGGUUAUUCUGAAUGAUGAUCUCAAGCCAUCCUAUGUGACAUUUGCUGUGUCUGCUGCUGGAAUCAAUGCCACCAAGACCUUGAAUUUCAUCAAAGACGUCAUCAAGAAAACAAUUAGCCGUCACGGCGGCACCGACAAUAUGAACAUCAAUGUCAUCGUGUUCGGAGACAAAGCCUCAGAGGUAAUAAGCUUUGACUCCGACUUAAGCGAAGAGGAACUGUUGAAAGCCGUAGAUUCUAUACCUCUACCAACUGGAGAACCCUCGAUUAAAGCAGCCCUCGAUGAAGUUCGCAAACGAUUCAACGAAUCCGGUGCGCCUGCUGAUGCUAAAAAGCUGUGUGUUUUAAUGUGGGACAAUACUACGUCUGAUUCUGAAGCGGACCUAAAGCUUGUAUCAGACGGUCUUAGGGAGGACAAUAUAACACUGCUGUCUAUGCCUCUCUCUCCUGAAGCGGCCCUUGACACUCCCAAGUUCACGGAGCCGUUGCUUACCAAGCCACCGUCUGAUGUCCCGAUGGCGGUUGAGAUCAUUCUGCAUGAUGGGGGGAUAUCAUUACUUGCUAGUCCUUGUGAACCGAACCCGUGUCAACAUGGCGGUGUGUGCACCGAGUCUGGCUGCAUGUGCCCAUCAAGUUACUACGGGACGUACUGUGAGAACAGGAAAGGAGAUGAAAUUGGUUGUGGUUCCCUGUUGGAUGGAUAUCUGUUGAGCAUCUCCAACUCCGCCUUCUCGGCAUCCUCUGGCACACCAACCAACCCUGUGUUAUCGGGCUCUGCGUGGACUCCAACUGUCGCCGACAAAAAUCAGUACUUGACCAUAGAUCUCGGUGUCGAAGUCAAACUCUCCGGCAUAGCAUUUGGCGGGAAACCCGGAAUAAAUGAAAGCCAGCCAUUGGUCAGGGUCUCUUACAGUACAGAUGGAAGUAAUUACGCCUUCGUCAAAGACGAUGGCAAAUCAUUUCCAAAGGUACGGUCUUACAUUAUCUAG